UGAACAUUCCGCCUGACAAACCUAAGAGGGUUCACCCAAUUAAAAUCAUCCAAGACUAAUGGAGAAUUCUACAGCCACCUCAUCAGAUACACUCCAUAAAAUUGGGGUAACCAGGACUAAUACUGAAAGUUCCAUAUUAGCCCACAUUGAGACCUCUGGCAGGUCGAAGAAAGGUAAGAGAUUCCGAAGCAUCAAUGUAGCUAGAUGCAAGAGGAUCCUGUUGGCGUUCUUGAGUCGUUGUCUCUUCGCAUUUCAUAGUCUUCUGUCAGUAUGGAUACUGAUACACGUGAAGGAGUCCGAAUACUGGGCUCUGCUGAUUGGUGUCCUGGGCUUAUACCUUGAGAUGUUUGUGACAUUGGCUGUGACCAAGAAAGGAGAAUGGAAAUGGUUCUCUCCCACGGUAUUUAUCUAUCUCUGUAUGACCAUUCCCUGUAUUUUUUUGCUGGAACUUCAUGCACAGGAAGAAAGAAUCAUAAUACCCCUCAACGAAACUUCUUGCCAAGUAAGUGUCAUCAAGGCCUGA